CAGUUAGGUGAUGCAGUGAGUGCCAGGAAGUCUAAUGCGAGUGCUGAGUGUGUAAACACCAGGGCAGGGAGGGGGCACAUACAGCUUCUCCAAGGAGGAGGCGGAAUGAGAGACUUGGGGGCUGAGGAGAAGUGGGCCAGACUGAGGGGCUGUGAGAGAAGGGCAUCCCGGGCAGAAGGGGUAGCUUGGGCAGUCCCAGAGCUGGUGAGGAGCCUGCCACUCCUGAGGACUGGGAAGAGGGCCGGCAUGACUGACGGGCAGAGAAAGAAGAGGAGGUGCUGUGGAGGACGGUCCCACCUUCUGGGACACCAGGCUCCACUGGGAAGGAAUGGGUGGUCUUCCGCUGGCUGCAAAGAAGACCCACAGCUAAGCAUUGGGGGAGAGCUGGGUGCAGAGCAACGAGCAGAGGCUCUGCUGAGAGGCCUCGCCCCCAACCCUGCUGCCAGCUGCGCCCCAUCUCUGGACCACCCCCUGCUGAGAAGGACAGUGAGCCAAGGUGGCAAAGCCUGCAGUUCAGCCAUGAGAACACAAAUUGAAGUGAUCCCUUGCAAAAUCUGUGGGGACAAGUCAUCUGGGAUCCAUUACGGGGUUAUUACCUGCGAGGGGUGCAAGGGCUUCUUCCGCCGCAGCCAGCAGUGCGCCGUGGCCUACUCCUGCACCCGGCAGCAGAACUGCCCCAUCGAUCGCACCAGUCGGAACCGAUGCCAGCACUGCCGCCUGAAGAAAUGCCUGGCCCUGGGCAUGUCCCGAGACGCUGUCAAGUUUGGCCGCAUGUCCAAGAAGCAAAGGGACAGCCUACACGCUGAGGUGCAGAAACAACUACAGCAGCAGCAGCAGCAGCAGGAGCGGGAGCGAGUGGCCAGGACCCCUCCUGCAGGGGCCCAAGGGGCAGACCCCCUCUCCUGCACCUUGGGGCUCCCAGACGGGCAGCUGCCCCUGGGCUCCUCACCUGACCUGCCCGAGGCCUCGGCCUGUCCCCCUGGCCUCCUGAGAGCCCCGGGCCCCAGGCCUUCCUACUCCAACAGUCUGGCCAAGGCUAGGCUCAACGGGGCCUCCUACCAUCUCGAAUACAGUCCCGAGCGUGGCAAGGCUGGUGGCAGAGAGAGUUUCUAUAGCACAGGCAGCCAGCCGGCCCCUGACAGAUACGGACUGCAUUUUGAAGACCCCAGGCACCCUGGGCUGGGGGAACCAGGACAAGGCCCGGACAGCUACUGCAGUCCCAGUUUCCACAGCACCCCAGAGGCGCCUUAUGCCUCCCUGACCGAGAUUGAGCACUUGGUGCAGAAUGUGUGCAAGUCCUACCAAGAGACGUGUCAGCUGCGGCUGGAGGACCUGCUACAGCAGCGCUCCAACCUCUUCUCCCGGGAGGAGGUGGCUGGCUAUCAGAGGAAGUCCAUGUGGGAGAUGUGGGAACGCUGUGCCCACCGGCUCACUGAGGCCAUUCAGUAUGUGGUGGAGUUUGCCAAGAGGCUGUCGGGCUUUAUGGAGCUGUGCCAGAACGACCAGAUUGUGCUGCUCAAAGCAGGAGCAAUGGAAGUGGUGCUGGUGAGGAUGUGCCGGGCCUAUAACGCCGACAACCACACAGUGUUUUUUGAAGGCAAAUACGGUGGCAUGGAGCUGUUCCGAGCCUUGGGCUGCAGUGAGCUCAUCAGCUCCAUCUUUGACUUCUCCCACUCCCUGAGUGCCUUGCACCUUUCUGAGGAUGAGAUUGCCCUCUACACAGCCCUUGUCCUCAUCAAUGCCAGUCGGCCAGGGCUCCAAGAGAAAAGGAAAGUAGAACAGCUUCAGGCCAAUCUGGAGGUGGCCUUUCACCAUCAUCUCUGCAAGACUCAUCGCCAAGGCAUCUUGGCAGAGUUGCCACCUAAGGGGAAGCUUCGGAGCCUGUGCAGCCAGCAUAUGGAAAAGCUGCGAAACUUCCAGCAUCUCCACCCCAUCGUGGUCCAAGCUGCUUUCCCCCCACUCUACAAGGAACUCUUCAGCACUGAAAUUGAGUCACCUGAGGGGCUGUCCGUGUGACCUGGAAGAGGGACUCCUUUCCCUUCCCAGAGCCUGUUGGACCACCUCCCUGGCCCCCUCCCACCCUCAGCCUUUUCCAUUCCCAUGCCCCGGA